AUUUCCCAGAAUGCAGCACUGUCACGUGCAGCGCAUUGAGGAAAUAGAGCCGUCCUGAAAAAAAGUGAAUUUUUCUAUAGGGAGAGAAAGCAGAGCAGGACAGUGAGGUUCUCUGUGAUCCUGCUGGAGAUCUUUUACAGGAUUAUCAGCGUGUCAGUGAUCGACCGUCCUGAUCAGCUUCUGGAACAGGAGAUCUGGACUAGUGAUCACAGCAGCUGAACUGGAAUGAAUGAGUGGUGAGCUCCCAUUAGGGGUUUCGCAGUAGUUUAGUGUGCUUGUGUGUGUGUGUGUGGUGCACUGACAUCUGGUGUGUAGUGCUGGAGGAUCUGGUUCAGAGCUGUAAUGGAUUAUGAGGAGAAGGCGAACUGGGUGGCGGAGCUGCUUCUGGGCUACAGCAGAGACCAGUCCGGCUGGAAAAGCUGCAAGAAAACGAGUGAAGUUGUGGUGUACUGGAGACCAUCGGCCGAGUUUACUGGAAACGUGUAUAAAGGAGAGGGGAUAGUGAAUGGCAGUCCGCAGAAAGUGUGGGAAUGCCUGAAACCGGACCCCAACGGGCUUCGUGUGAAAUGGGACAACAAUGUAAAGAAGUUUGAGCUGCUUGAACAAGUUUCUUCAGACGUAACGGUGUGCAGAACUGUCACUCCCUCUGCUGCUAUGGGCAUUAUAUCACCGCGGGACUUUGUGGAUGUUAUUUUAGUUAAGCAGUAUGAAGACGGCACAGUUACGUCAAAUGCCACUCAUGUAAACCAUCCAUCCUGUCCUCCUCAGCCUGGCUACGUACGAGGGUUUAAUCAUCCUUGCGGCUGCUUUUGUGUGCCAGUUCCUGGGGAAGCAAAUAAAACCAAGCUGAUCAGCUUUUUCCAGACGGAUCUCGGAGGUUUGCUUCCCCGUUCAGUCGUGGAUUCGUUCUUUCCGUCCAGUAUGACUGAAUUUUACAGUAACCUCACUAAAGUGGUCAAAUCUCUCAAAUAGCACUAAAAGCACUUUCUCUACAAAAUCUAAGCAGGAUUCAUCCUGUAUUUGUUGUUGUUUUUGCAUAACCUUUAAUCGAGAUAAAAUUACUUUAGAUUUUUGAUUAUUUCACUAUGUACAAAUGGGCAGGGCUUACUAGUAUUAACCAAUAAUAUCAUAUUUCCAUCCAAACUAAACCCUUUCCACCCUACUAGAAGUAAAAAGCUCUUCUGUAACUGUAACUUCCCCAUGCUCUUAAUGAAAGCAGAACAGUAGGAUCAGUCCGUGUCGAAGGCUACAUUCACACUGCAGGUAAAAGUGGCCUACAUCUAAUUAAAGUCCACCAAGUCUCACCAUGUUUAUACUUUUUCAUUUAUUUGACCCAUAUCUGACAUACGUCUUAACAGUUUGGGCACAUAUACUAAAUUGCAUGAACAAAAGAACAUUGCUUCACAAGAAGUUUUGGUUUCAUCUUUGCCAGCAUCACAGGCACUAUCAGUGAUUUAAAGUGGCUGUAUUAAAAAAAAAUACAAAAAAAUUAUCCUUUUUAAAACUGUAGAACCUUUUUUUUACUGAUCUAUAGCGCAGAUUGAUUUAGGGCGUGUCUUUGGUAUUGUGAAGGUGCAAAAAGCACGCCUUGCAUGACUCACAAACGUGCAAAAGGCACGUACUAAUUCUCUUAAUUAAUUAUGAGUGUGUAUUUGAUCAGUGUGCCAGACGUUAUUCCCUUUAAGAAGCAGGUGCACUCUGAUUUUUCCGUGUUUAUAUCGUAACAGUGCGGCGUUUUUGCACAUUUCUGCAGAGGAUACCAACCUGCGUGUUCAUGCUGUGAAGGUACACCAGCAGCUUAUUUAAAGAAAAAAGCAAUGUUAGUUUAUUCUUUAUUCUGCUUAUUGUUGAGGUAAAAGCUGAGUUGUACAUGCGCUCCUGCAUGGCUAAGAUAGGUUUGCGCAGCUGACUGUUGACUGUUGUCAGGGUUUUAAUCAGUCAGUGGCGCACCCGUAUUUCCCACCGCCAAGAUAAAAACACGCCAGAUAUUUACCUGAAUACACCACACCCUUCGGCGUAGAUAUAUUCAUAAAGUCCAACACUAUUUUAACAGCAUAACGACAACAUGCCUUGCGCAGGGUGUACGAUAGGGCACAAUGCAUCUUAAACUUACUUUAACUUUAACUCUCUGUAGAAUUUAAGUACAUUUUACAGUGUUCCUAGUCUUGUAAUAUUAUUGAAACUGAGACAUCACCCCAAAUAUUACCUUGCUAUCCAACAAAUUAAACCCCUUAUUCAUUGCUUUUGUCCAUUUCCCAUCACCUCAUUGCUUUUAUUUUCGUGUCCUGGACAUAAAAGUCAAAUUAAUUUAAAUUUCCAAAUUUGAAUUAUAAAAGUUUGUGCUGUUUCCAGUGCCACUCAAAUAACGUAUCUGUGUUACACAUGAUGAAAAAGAUUUAGUUUGGGACCCUUUUAUUUGCUGUGUGAAUAUAGCCUGAAAGAUCACUGAAGGUCAUGCAAUGCGUCUUUAAUGAUUUUCUUUUAUUAAACCAAUGUAGUUUUAGCUGCAACAGUUUAUCUCAUUUCAAGUCCUGAAAAAUUACAUGAAAUUAUAUUUGCAGUCUUACAGUACAACAAAUUAGAACCUAUAUUUGCUUGCUUCAAAAUAUUCUUUCCUUUAUCUGAGGACGGACUGAUGUAGCCCCUAAACGUACAGUGAAACUUCCUCUAAAUGCCACCGCAGGUCCAGUUGCCUUGAUUUCUUCCUGCAGUAGGUACGCAUGCACAGGUGUCUGCAGGAGAGUUUAAAGUACUGUAUAUCUAGCCAUGUUGUUGUAAAGAAAAACAGCUACUGUUGCUCAACUAUGUGACCCCAUUUUGCAGUCGGUCAUCAUAUUUCAACCAUUUCAUACCUCAGUUUAUAUAUACAUAUUGCAUUUUGAAUUUGACGCACAAAGUUUACUUGAUUGAAAAGUGUAUGUUAUUUAAUCUUUUCUCUUUUCCCACAAAAACCCAGUAUCUCCAUUUUUGUGACCUCAGAAUUUCAUAGUGAAAAGACUGACCAAAAAUACAUUUUAUUUAAAUAUCCAUUUAAAAGUAAGGCAGGUUUUUGCUUAUUGUAUAAAUUAAUCAUUUUGAUAUUGUGCACAUUCACAUUUAGGUGAAAAUUGUUAAUGAAUUGUUUAUAUUAAGGAACUGAACGUAAUAUACUUUUGAAUGUGUGAACAGCAUGUCAUUUAUAUACAUACAGCUCUGGAAAAAAUUAAGAGACCGCUUCAGUUUCUGAAUCAGUUUCUCUGAUUUUGCUAUUGAUAGGUAUAUAUUUGAGUAAAAUAAACAUUAGCAUUUUAUUCUAUAAACUACAGACAACAUUUCUCCCAAAUUCCAAAUACAAAUAUUUUAUAUUUGCCAUUUAGAGCAUUUUUUUGCAGAAAAUGAGAAACGGCUGAAAUAACAAAAAUGAUGCAGAACUUUCAAACCUCAAAUAAUACAAAUGAAACAAGUUCAUAUUCAUAAAGUUUUAAGAGUUCAGAAAUCAAUAUUUGGUGGAAUAACCCUGUUUUUUUAAUCACAGUUUUCAUGCAUCUUGGCAUCAUGUUCUGCUCCACCAGUCUUACACACUGCUUUUUAAUAACUUUAUGCCUGCACUCCUGGUGCAAAAAUUCAAGCAGUUCAGUUUGGUUUGAUGGCUUGUGAUCAUACAUCUUCCUCUUAAAUAUAUUCCAGAAGUUUUCAAUUUGGUAAAAUCAAAGAAACUCAUCAUUUUUAAGUGGUUUCUAUUUUCCAGAGCUCUAUAUAUGUGUAUGCAAAUUACAUGCUGUUCAUGUAAUUUUUUUAGCUCCACUAAUUACAGACUGUAAUCAUUCUGUUUCUCUUUAUACCUUAUUGUUACUUCGUUUACCCUGUGGUGGUCCCCAUAGGACCACAACAGAGCAGGUAAUGUUUGGGUAUUUUGGUCAUUCUUAGCACUGCGGUGACAGUGACUUGCUGGAUCAGAUACAGCGGUGCUGCUGGAGUUUUUAAACACCUCAGUGUCACUGCUGGACUGAAAAUAAUUAACCAAGGAUUACAGAUAAGGACUACAAAGUGUUCUGUACUUUGGUGAAAAGUUGGGUGGUGUAAUUUGUCCUUUUAUCAUUCCAUCCUUUUAAACAUGUUUAGAGGUCUCAUUGUUGUUAAGGGAAAUUAAUAUACAUUGUCAGUAACACUUUUUUUCUGUGAUAGGACUACUAAAGGAUAGUAACAACUUUAGGCUUUUUAAAAAAUUGUUUAUGUAUGUAUGAAACUUUGAUCUGUUUUUAUGACUGUUUCAUGCUAAGAUAAGGAUAUUAUGUGUUUGCAUCUUGAAUCAUAACUGGUAUUUUAUUAAUUGUGGUAAAUGUUCGUUCAUUUUAAUUAAAGCCAUCAGGGACCAAGACACUUUUUGAAAGGGGAGGGAAACUAGAAAGGUGCUGGGUUUAGUGGGCAUUCCAAAUGUAUUAGAACACAUACUGCCCUUUUUCUCUGUUUACAUGUACGUCCAUGUUUAAUGCUGUUAAGGAAAGAAAGGAAGAAAUAAAUAGUUGAAUUGAACUUGAAUAUUUGGAAAUAACCACUAAUUUUACUAACAUUACUGCCUGCACUUUUAGUAAAACUGCCAGUUUUUUUUAACAAGAUGAUAACAUGGCAGCAACUUGUGGAGAACACGUAGGCCAGGUAGGAUUUCUGAAUUGUAAUAAAAAAACCACAAAGGAGUGGUUCACUGCCUCUUCUCCAGAUGUAGUCAAUUAGCCAAGGCAAAUACAGUGUUAGAAGUUAGCUUCUUUAGUUUUGCACUGAAGCUACAAGGCUAGUCACUGUCUCCAAAAGUACAAAAACAGUGUCAGUUCACUAAAGGGCAACAUUUGUAAGGCUAUACGAAGUUAUAUAAGUUUUUCAUGACAUUUUCUGUUGUAAAAUGGCAUCAGAAUUGACAGCCUUUGUGGUCCUGGGUGGCCCAUCUGUCUAAGAGCUGGUUCUUACAUAAGGAAAUAGCUGGUUCAGGCCCUGGUGAUGUCAAAGCUACACAUGACCGGGUGUCCCAGACCCAGAGCAUUACUGGCCUUUCUCUCACUGGGUAGGUUAGACAGCCCUUUGUCUGCCCAUCAUUUAGCCUAAUGCUAGUAUUAAGUGUAUGGGUGACAAAUCCUGCCAAAAAUAAUACUUAAAUAAAAACACUAAAAUGAAAAUGCAAAUACCGUUUUGCACUUUCUAUUUUCAAAUGUGUGAAUAAAUUAUGACAAAGUUAAAAACGAAAUUAAAUCACUUAAUUUGCAAAUACAUUUUUCACUUGAGCACGGCCCGUAUGUGACAAAAAUAAAAUUUUAAUUAAAAAGGAUUUUUGUCAUUUAAUUUUUAUUACCAUACGGGUAUCUCACAGUCAAAUCUAAAAUUAAAAAUCUAAUUGUAAAAAGAAAACUAAAAGCUUGACUUUCCCCUUGCUUUUUCUUGAUGAAGUGCAUAAUAAAUAAAUUAAUAAAUAAAAAAAUUAAAAAAUGUCCAAACUUAAAUCAAAAUGCAAUGUUAAUGUUUGAAUUAAUUAAAAAAUGUAAUUUAAUGUUCCUUGCAUAAGGCUGCAUGUCUGACAGAAUUAAAAUGAAAACACAAGGGGGUAAAUUGGGGAGAAAAUGGGGAAAAUGUGAAAUAAACUUAUUUAAAAAAAAAUUACACUAAAUGGAAAAAUCAAUAGCAAAUUGACAUUUUGUGAUUUAUUUUUGGCAUGGGCGGUGCUUUAAGUGUCAAAAUCAAAAGGCAAAUGCAAGAGAAGAUUAGCGCUCUCUGCUGGUUAUUUACUUUUUUAUUUUCCCUUUGCACUUUAAAAUGAAAAAUCUAAUCAUUAAAAAACUUAACACUUGUUGCAAUAGGAAUUUAUAAAUGUAAAUGUGGAUGUGCUGUAUGUUAUUUACCAUUAAAAAGCUAUUUUGUCAUGUAGUCUUAUAAAUGCUGCCCUUCAAUAAAGUGAAUUAGACUUCCAUUAAUUUGUUAGCUACAUCCAGUGUAAAAUUGAAGAAGCAAAACUUGUCUUGACAUGUUUUGUCUGUCUACAUUCAGAGUUUUAAGGGACCAUGCAUAUUUUUUAUUGUCACUUUAAUAGUAAAGGAUCAGUGGUCAGGAUGAGAAAACUCACUGUGAUUUUACACACUGCUGACUAAAAGCUUGUAUCUCUAUGGGUUGGUUUCUCAGAAGGAGUUUAAAUCUAGUCAUAGACUGUAUUUUACUUUCAAAUAGAAAAUGUCCAAGUUGCACAAUAACAAAGGGACCAUGUCUUUAGUGUUCACUGAAACAACUGCUGUGUUAAGUUUAAUUCACAAUGUUGAGUGAAGUGCAUCAACCUUCAUUCUGUCCGGUAGUUACUGUAUGUUGAUGUUUUUGAUAUGUAAUUGAUAAUCAAUAGUAAUCAUAAAUCAACUCAAAUCACUGUUUCUUUUCUUUUUUCUUUUUUUUUUUUUUUAAGAUUGUGUGAUUUGGAUGUUUGGUCCAUUGCAAUGUUCUCUUUCACACACAAGUCUGAUUACUGUGUAUAUCUUGUGUAUAUCUCGUGUAUUCACUGGUGUUGUAUCAAAGAGCAUGAUCAUUUGUGCCAGUUGAUUGAUUGCAUGUUUUUGGCACGUUCAUACCGUACGCAAUUCAAGUUCAUGUUUCCAAAUAAUGUUUUUAAGUUUUAAGUUUAAUUGAAGUAAACUUGAAGUAUACAGUGUAUCUGUGUUUUAAAAUAAAGUCUCAGAUUUAUCAUCA